CUGAGUACACACAGCGAGGCUCGAGCAGCGUGCUGAGCAGCCUUCAGCAUGGACCUCCUGACAGCCUGGGCCGCCACCGACCCGGCUGUGGCCCGGCUCCUCUGGGUGCUCGCUCUGGUGCUGGCCACCCUCCUGGUCUGGCUCCUCUUCUUCUGCUGCUACAGCUGGAACCAGAGCUCCUCGUCCUCCCUGGAGAAGUACCUGGCAGUGAUGACGAAACGCUCCAAAUCCAAAGCUCCGACUCAGAGGAAGAAAAAGUCCAAAGAGAAGCCGGCAGCUUCUGUCCCCUUAAAGGAGGAGAAGGAGGAGGAGGUGGUGGAGGUGGUGAAGGAGGUGAAGGAGGUGAAGGAGGUGAAGGAGUCUGUGGUCGUUGGACAUGAGCCGCCUCGUCCAGUGGUGAGGAAACGGAAGAGACGACCUCUCAAGGCCGGGCUGGAAACUGUGACUGAGGCGAAACCAGCGCAGAAGACGAUGGAGGAGGUGAAGCCCAACAAGAGGCCGAUGGUCAGGGCUGCGUCGGAGGAGAGCUCCAGCGACCUGGGCUCCAUCAGCUGGUCUCCGUCCCGCGGGGACACGCUGCCCUGGAACCUGCCCAAGCACCAUCGCAUGAAGAGGUCCAAGUCGGCGUCCGGGGACGUGCUGGACCCGGCGGAGAGGGCCGUCAUCCGCAUCGCAGGCAAGUUCCCACAAUCCACUGCUGCUGCUCACAGAGCUUUCAGGAGGAAGCUCCUGUCGACACUGAAUCCCUUUGGUUUGGGGACGUCUUUGUAA